AGAACUAAGAAGCUAAAACCCUGAGUCAAAGAAAGGCCAUCACUUUGAGAAGAAUGAGUCUGUCUGAAGAAAAUGAGAAUCCUCCAGCAUCUGCCAUUGGAAGGCUUUUGGUCUGCACCAUCCUGAGUCUGUCAUUUGCUGUUGGGGUUCCCGGAAACGCCUUUGUGAUCUGGACCAUUUGUAGACGAAUGAAGCAACGGUCUCUAUCUGUUGUGCUGAUCCUUAAUCUAGCCAUUGCUGACAUCCUGGUUCUUGUGACCUUGCCCGUCUGGAUUCAUUCUAUUGCCAAUACCUGGCUCUUUGGGAUUGAAACUUGCAAGGCCCUUGUCUUUGUCAUUUGCUGCAACAUGUACGCAAGCAUAUUCCUGAUCACAGCCCUGAGCUUGGAACGGUUCAUGGCUGUCUUUCACCCCUUUGCUGUUCAACGGAGGACCAAAAAGACGUUCACCUGCUUAGCGAUGCUUCUCAUCUGGCUUCUCUCUAUUGCUUUCGGAGCGGUUGUCCUUCCCUUUCAAGAAACUGAGGACACAGGGUUUGGCCCACAGUGUACCUCUCGCAGCUACAUUUCGAACUCUCAGAAGGUGGCCUGUCUCUUGCUGGAGACUCUCGUGGGCUUUCUGGUUCCAUUUGCCGUUAUCUCCAUCUGUUACGUGUGCAUUGCCAAACGGAUCAGCAGCUUGACAGGCUCGAAAAAGCGCCGAUCCAACCGGCUGGUCGUUUCCGUAGUGGUGUCCUUUGCUCUCUGCUGCCUCCCCUACCAUAUCUUUAACUUACUGAGCGUUGCUUCAGCUGUGAUGGAAGAUUCAGACGGUGAGGCAUCUGAAGCUCUGGAGGAGAUUGCAGUCCAGGGAACCUUCAUUGCAGGUUCCAUGGUAUUCCUCAGCAACUGUGUCAACCCCCUGCUCUAUGCCUUUGCAGCCAGGAACAUCCAAAGCAGCAUGAGAUUUGCCAAGCUGUCCAAACUGUUUGAACAAAUGAGUCCAGAAACGAAGCAGGAAGGGACCAAAGAAAGCUCUGUCCUAAAUGGAAAAGAGGAGACUUUAAUGAGCACAGAUCUAAACUAA